AGCGCAAACAGAACAAACAUCGCAAACAUGCAGGCCAACGUCUUCGUCUUCGGGGACCAAACCGUUCCCUUCGAGUCAACUCUUCACGACCUCCUCCAGGUCAAGAAUAAUCCCAUUCUCAUCGAUUUUCUCGAGAAAGCUGGCUAUUAUCUUCGGCGCUAUGUUGCCAGCCUUCCGGUCUAUCAGCAAGACUGGUUCCCGUGUUUCACUACUUUGGUGGACCUCUUUGCCCAGCAUGACCAGUCUCAUGCGUGUCCGGCACUGAAGUUCGCUUUUGUUGUCACCACUCAAAUUGGCUUGUUUAUCAAAUGGCGCUAGCCCUUAUCCGACCGACAACGCCUAUGUCAUCGGCGCUUGUACCGGGUGCUUUGCCGCUGCAGCCAUCAGCACCUCGCGCACCUUGACAGAGUUGGUUCCUGCAGCGGUCGAGGCCGUUCUCGUCGCCUUGCAGACGGCUGUACGUGCAUUGACCCUGCGAGAUGACCUCACCAGUCUCGAUGAAGAGCACAGAGCAUGGUCUGCUGUCGUCGCGGUUGAUGAGUCUGUGGCCGAGAAGUUGGUCCAGAGAUUCAAUGCGGAGAAGACUCUCCCUCGUGUCAUGCAACUGUACGUUAGCUCUUUCAGCAACUGUGUGACUAUAAGCGGCCCGCCGGGUUUAUUGCCCCAGUUUCUGUUGGCAUCAGCAUUAAAGCAUUCUGUGCUACCGAUUGAAAUACCCUAUCACGCACCGCAUUUAUUUAGCGGUGGUGAUGCAGGGGGGUUCGGGUUCCACCACCCCUCCCUGCAAGGGUAUGCGCAGCGGCUUCCAAUAGUGUCGGCUGCGUCUGGAGUUAUCCUAGAGUCUCAGAGAUUCGAGGAUCUUCUCCACGGAGCGGUGACGGAGACACUGACACACCCCAUUCAGUGGAACCGCGUCGUGUCGAGCCUCUCUAGAGAGCUGUCUGUGCAUGACUUUACAGACUGCACACUCUAUUGUGUCCAAGAUCGAGGUUCCUUUCUUGCUAGCAGUCUAGCCCAGCAACUUCCAUCCUUGACUGUUACUACGACCUCCAUCAAUGAAGGCAACCUGCCACCCCCACCGGAAAACGAGCCCACAGGAAGGUUCUCCGACUCGAAAGUAGCAAUUAUAGGCUAUUCCGGUCGUUUCCCUGACUCUGCAUCCAACGAGGAGUUCUGGUCUCUCCUGCUGGCAGGUCGCGAUGCGCAUCGCACAAUCCCCGAAGACAGAUUUGACUGGGAAGAGCAUUACGAUGCAACGGGCAAGAAGAAAAAUACGAGCCGAAUCAAAUAUGGCUGCUUCAUCAAGGAACCUGGUGUCUUCGACGCGCGAUUCUUCAACAUGUCCGCGCGGGAAGCGGAGAACACGGAUCCGUGCCAGCGAUUGGGUCUCACAACAGCGUUCGAAGCAAUCGAAAUGGCUGGGCUGGUUCCGAACUCAACCCCUAGCACCCAGCAGGAUCGGAUUGGUGUGUUCUACGGUAUGACGAGCGAUGACUACAGGGAGGUGAAUAGUGGCCAAAACGUGGAUACCUAUUUCAUCCCCGGUGGGAACAGGGCAUUUCUUUCUGGGAGGAUCAGGUGCCGACCGUGCUCUUGAAAUCCGUUUGUGUCACUAAUAACCUAAUUUGCACAGCUACUUCUUUCGAUUUUGUGGACCAAGCCUGAGCAUUGACACGGCGUGCUCGUCGAGCUUCGCUGCCAUUCAAGCAGCAUGCGCAUACCUCUGGCGCGGAGAAUGCGACACAGCUCUUGCUGGAGGUUGCAAUGUCAUGACGAACCCGGAUAAUUUUGCGGGCCUCGAUAGAGGUCACUUUCUUACGACCAAGGGAAACUGCAACGCGUUUGACGACGGUGCAGGCGGGUACUGUCGAUCCGACUGUGUCGGCAGUGUUCUGCUGAAACGACUCGACGACGCCCUGUCUGAAAAUGAUCCCAUCUUUGGUGUGAUUCGCGGCACGUACACAAACCAUUGUGGCCACACGGACUCCAUCACACGGCCAUUUGAAGGCGAUCAAAUUGCAGUCUUCAAUCGCAUACUCCGAUAUACUGGCACCGAUCCAAAGGAGGUUGGAUACGUGGAGAUGCACGGGACCGGUACCCAGGCCGGCGAUGCCACUGAGAUGAGGUCCGUCCUGAAGGUGUUUGCACCUGAGAAGCCGAGAAAAAGGUGCUUGUACCUUGGGGCAGCGAAAGCGAAUAUGGGUCACGCCGGAUCCGCAAGUGGCGUAGCGUCGUUGAUCAAAGUGUUGUUGAUGCUGAGGUUCAGUACGAUUCCACCGCACUGUGGCAUCAAGACCAAGAUCAAUCACACUUAUCCCACUGAUUGGGACGAGAGGAACGUGCACAUUCCCAUGAGAGCCGCAGAGUGGAACAGGGGGAAAGGAGAGAAGAGGCUUGUCUUUUUGAAUAAUUUCAGUGCGGCCGGGGGAAACACGGCAGCUUUGGUAGAAGAUGCACCGGAGAGAAGUCGACCGGGAGAGGAUAAGCGGGCCAGGCAUGUUGUGGCUGUAACGGCAAAGACGGCCAUGUCACUACAGGGUAAUUUGGAGAAUAUGAUACACUAUCUGGCUGACCAUCCAGAGGUUUCGCUGUCGAGUCUGUCAUACACAAGCACAGCUAGGCGAAUGCAUCACAGCUUCCGGGUACUGGUAUCCGGCGGGGACACCGUAUCCAUUCUUGAACGAUUGCAAGCGACUGUUUCGAUCACGCAUACCGUUUCUCCGAAGAGCAGGGUUAUCAUGGUUUUCCCUGGACAAGGCGCACUGUACGCCGGCAUGGGGCAGCAACUCUUUGACAUGGUUCCUUCGUUCCGUGAUUGCAUCUUGCGUUUGAAUUCUAUCGCUCAAAGCCAGGGCUUCCCGCCAUUCUUGCCUAUAAUCCAGGGGACAACAGAAGACUCCUCUCCAGUGGCAGACCAACUGAGCCUGGUUUGCCUCCAAAUGGCCCUAUACAACUUUUGGUCAUCCCUUGGGGUUUUGCCGGUGGCCACUAUAGGGCACAGUCUGGGCGAGUAUGCUGCUCUUUACGCUGCAGGUGUGAUCACCGCUAGUGAUGUUAUAUACCUGGUUGGCACGCGGGCUAUGCUGUUUGUCGAGAAGACGCGUCCACGGACACAUGGCAUGUUAGUAGUCAAGCAGUCAGCCCAGGGGAUGCAGCCGGAGUUAGAUACCUGCGAAAUCGCUUGCUUCAACCAACCCGAAAGCAAUGUUGUGAGUGGCUCUUUAGAGCAGCUUUCCGGCCUAAAGCAGAGGCUGGAUGGCUGCCGGGUUGCAUGUACCAUGAUGGACGUCCCUUACGCCUUUCACUCGGCUCAUGUUGAUCCUGUUUUGAAGGAAUUCGAGCUAGCUGCCAGCCGCAUUCGGUAUCGUCCACCACGUGUUGCAUACAUUUCACCGUUACUUGCAUCCGUUAUCUCAGCUGGGGAUACCGGUACUUUGCUCGGGAAAUACUUGACCCAGGCAUGUCGACAGCCCGUCAACUUCCAAGGUGCCAUCCAAGCUGCAAGGGCAGAUCUUGUCAGUGAAAAGACCAUAUGGCUGGAAUUAGGGUCGCAUCCGACCUGCUCGGGCAUGAUAAAGGGCACCUUGGGCCGGAAUAUAGUAACUGUACCGUCCCUCCGGACAGACACUGAUACUUGGACCGUCAUUACAGGAGGCCUAGAGGUCUUGUAUAAUAGCGGAGUUGAGAUCAACUGGUCUGAGUACCAUCGGCCGUGGGAACAUCAACAGGAGGUCCUGGCCUUGCCGCGGUAUGCCUGGGAUUUGAAGAACUACUGGAUCCCUUAUCGGAACAACUUCUGUCUGACGAAAGGAGACGGGGUUUCUGCUGAGAAGGCCGAGCCGCUUUACUUGAGUCCUUCAGUCCAGCAGGUUCUGGAGGAAUCCCACGGAGAUGAUACAUCUACUCUGCUGGCGGCGUCUGACAUACACGAUGCAAGACUGGCGCCUAUCCUUACCGGCCACGUUGUCCAUGGCACAGUGCUAUGUCCUUCGUCUCUAUAUGCGGAUAUUGCUCUCACAAUAGUGAGAUACAUGAUGCAAGCUGUCAAACUGUCUCCUGAUACAGUCGGCUUAGACGUAGCGGAAAUGAAGAUACAAAAUCCGCUCAUUUCUCAGGACGUACCAUCUCAGCUUUACUAUGUAGCUGCAAAGGCGGAUUGGCGAGCCCAGAUAGUGUCAUGCCGUCUUUUCAGCGGCCCAAAGGACAAGGAAACGGAGCAUGCUACAUUCUGCGUACGGAUAAGCGAGUCUCACCGCUGGUUAGAGGAUUGGAGGCGCAACGCAUAUCUCAUCCAGAGCCGAAUCGAUGCUUUGCAAGAGAGUGCCCAUCAAGGCGAAGCCCAUCACGUCAAACGCAAACUCGCAUACCAGGUUUUUGCACAAACGGUCGAAUACGGGCCCGACUACCAUGGCAUGCAAGAUGUGAUCUUCGAUGCCGAGGAACAUGAAGCUACUGUAUUAGUGUCCUUCCAAACCGGCGACAAUGGUUUCAUAUUCAAUCCAUGUUGGAUUGAUAGUCUUGGCCACGUCGCGGGCUUUGUUCUGAAUAGCGAUGUUUCACCGGGCAAGACACAGGUUUUCAUCAACCAAGGAUGGGAGCGGAUGCGCUGUCCUGUGCCAGUGUCCAUGGGUAAGACAUACCGGGUGUAUAACAAAAUGCAGGUUGAGAGUGGCAUGACAUAUGUGGGUGAUACGUAUAUCUUGGAUGGGGGAACUGUUAUUGGACUGUAUGAGGGCGUGAGAUUCCAAGGCAUUCCUCGACGUGUGCUGGAAAGGGUGCUUUCAGGCGGUGCUUCUGAGCGUCGUGUACCUCCUCCAGUCACGCACAGACAACACUCGCCGGCACACGAAUCAACAAAACCAGACGCCGCGGCUCGUGUCAUGGGUAUCAUUGCAGCCGAAUCAGGGGUUGCCCUUGCUGACCUGUCACCAACGGAUGAGUUCACAAAUCACGGCAUCGACUCUCUUCUUUCGCUGACUAUAUGCGGUCGAAUCCAAGAAGAAGUGGGCAUCGAGGUCUCGUCCUCUCUAUUUACAGAAUACCCCACCCCAAAAGACUUAAUGACCCACCUUGCCUCCUUGAGCAGUUCACCGACUGUCAACACCCCUUCCUCCAGCGAGACCAUGUCCGGGUACUUGACUGGAAUUACUGAGCCAAGUGCUAACGAAUCUACUUCCCUCAUCGACUUACUUCGCUCGACCAUCGCGUCAGAAACCGGCGCGUCUAUCAGCGACGUCACGCCCACCACGCCGUUCAGCGAGCUCGGCGUGGACUCACUACUUGCCCUUACAAUCGCCAGCACACUUGCCGAGACGCUUGAAAUCGAAAUCCCAUCAACAGCCCUAACGGACUGCCACAAUCUCUCCGAACUGAACAAAAGCCUCGGCCUCAUUACGCCACCAUCCGACCUACCCUCACCACCACCCAGAACUGCUGUACCUUCCUGCGACCCCAGCUCAGGUCCCCAGUCCACCUCCAUCCUUCUUUGGGGCAAUCCAAAAACCAGCCAAAAAACGGUUUUCUUCUUCCCCGACGGCUCUGGAUCAGCAACAUCCUACGCACAUAUCCCCAAGGUCCCAAAUACAGCCGCUUACGCGCUCAACUGCCCGUACAUGAAAACGCCCCAUCAAAUGACUCGCAGCCUCGAAUCUUUAACCGCAAAAUACCUCGUCGAGAUCCGACACCGUCAACCCACCGGCCCAUACCAUCUCGCCGGCUGGUCUGCAGGUGGAAUCUGCGCUUACGAAGCUGCGCGUCAAUUACAUGCCGCGGGACAAAAAACAAGUCGAAUCAUUCUAAUCGAUGCACCAAACCCAAUCGGCCUUCAGAAUCCGCCGGCCAAAAUGUACGAUUUCUUCGAGCAGAUCGGGCUCUUUGGUCGGGGCACCGCGCCGGAUUGGCUCCGGCCGCAUUUCGACGCGUUCAUCCGCUUGCUAGACGCAUAUUGGGUUUCAAAACUAGGGUUUUCGGUGUCGACAUAUCUGAUCUAUGCGACGGAUGGCGUAUGUCAUGGCGAGGAGGUACCGAAGAUGGAGCUUCGGGAUGAUGACCCGAGAGAGAUGAUAUGGCUGUUGACGGAUCGGACGGAUUUCAGUGGUGAUGGGUGGGCGAGUUUAGUGGAGAGGAAGAAUUUACAUGUCACUGUGCUAGAAGGGGUGAAACAUUUCUCGAUGGAGAGAGGGCAGCAUAUGGUGCGUUUCGGUAAGUUUCUGGAGGAGGCUAUGAGUUGA